AUGGCUGAUGUUUUAUUUGACCAAGCUGAUCUUAAUAAAGAUCAACGGCUUGAUUUAAAUGAAUUUCGCAAUCUUCUUGCUCAAAAUUUAGGAGCUGGUGCAAAUAUUUAUACUGGAAAUAUUGCUGAUGGAGGUCAAUAUUCAGCAAGUUCUUAUGAAUCUUCAUCAAUAGGUGCCUAUGGUGAUAUAAAUGCAGGUGCUGGAGGAUAUGGUGGUGUUACUGGUGGUCUAUCAGCAACAACUCAUAGUGGAGUUGGUAAUGCAGGUUAUACUUCUUAUGAUCAAGCAUCAUAUUCAUCAUCAAUGGGUGGUGUUGCAGGUGGAUUUGAUGGAAAUGUAACAGCAGAUGGUGAUGUAGCAGGUGCAGCUGCUGGAACUGCUUCAUCAUCAACAUUUGAAGCAAACAAUACUCAACAACAAGUUCAACAAUAUUCUACUAAUGCACAAGGUCUUUAUCAAGAUCCUAAUCCACAAAUAAUACGACGUCCAGCACAAAGUGGACAAGUGACUUAUACACAAAAUAUCAAAAUUCGUUUUCUUCAACCACCAGCUAUUCCAGCACCAGGCCCAUUAAUCAUUAAAGAAGUUCGACCACCUCAGCCACCACCACCACCACCAUUGGUAGUUCGUCAACGUGCACCACCACUUCCUACACCACCUCCACUUAUUUUACGUGAACGACCACCUCCUGUACCAUCUUCUGUUGCUGCCCAAACUGUUAUUCGAAAAUUGCCUGCUCUACCAAUUCCACCUCGUUCAGUUAUUAUCGAACGAUUACCAGCACUUCCAGCAAAACCUCGUGAUAUUAUUAUUGAACGUUGGAUUCCAUAUGGAGCAAUGUCAAAACGUAAGACAAUUAUUCAACGUGCUGAAUCUAUUAAACCUUAUCCAAAACCACGUAAUGUUAUUAUUCAAUAUGAAGCACCACAAGUACGUGUUGUUCGACAAUUUCAACGUCUUGGUAUUACUGCAGAAAAUCCUCAAGAAUAUGUUCAACGUUAUGGAGCAUCACUUAUUGAUUCUCAAACAUUGCUUCAACAAGCACGUGCUGUUGGUGUUGUAGAAGAUAUUUCUCCACCAACAAAUAUUGGUACAGUAGCAGCAGCAAGUUCAUCAGCAUUUAAUGCUGAAUUUGCUGGUACUACUUCAGGUAUUGAAACAGCUGGAGCUGCUGCUUCAUCAUCAACAGUUGAAUCAUCAAAUUAUGCUGGUCAACAAGUAGGUGCUGGUUAUUCAGGUUAUGAAUCAGUUCAAGGUGGUAGUUUUGGUGGUUUAGCAUCACCAUAUGAAGCCAAUUCAUUUUCAUCACAAGGUAUUGGUGCAUAUAAUGAUGCCAAUGCAUCUGGUUAUCAAAAUUACAACAUUUCAACUGGUAGUAAUAUUGAUUUAGCUAAUGCUGCAUAUAAAGCUGCUGAUUUAAAUAAAGAUGGAUCAAUUGAUAGCAAUGAAUUUCGUCAAUUCAUUAGUUCUCGAACUUAG